CAGUAUCCUCUGUGAAUAGGGUUUCUACUUUCCAAAACGAAUCAGAGGGCUUUCGAUUUGGUUGCUCACCGAUUUAACGGUGUUUGAUUGUGCAUUUUGCGAAAAUGCCUCGUCCCAAAAGAAAAGCGGUCCCACCAAUCAUUUCUUCUGAUGUUGAUUCUUCCGUUCGUGAACCGAAGAAAUCAACUGCAAAGCAUUUUGAUCGAAUAGAUCACCUAUUUGAAUCGUACAUAAAUAAGUCAUUGGGCUUGAUUGACCCAGAAGGCAUUGAAGCACUCUGUAAAGAUGUGCGUGUGGACCAUACAGAUGUUAGAAUGCUGAUACUUGCUUGGAAAAUGAAAGCUGAAAAGCAAGGUUACUUCACCAAGGAUGAGUGGCGAAGGGGGCUCAAAAGUUUAGGGGCCGAAACACUCACAAAAUUAAGAAAAGCAAUUAAUGGACUGAAGAAAGAGGUGACGGUACCAGAGUGCUUUGAGGAUUUUUAUUCCUAUGCAUUCCAAUACUGCCUAACAGAAGAUAAGCAAAGGAGUGUAGAUAUUGAUACCAUCUGUGAGCUGUUGAAUGUUGUUCUGAGAUCUGAAUUCCCUGGUCAAGUCAAAUUAUUAAUUGAGUAUCUAAAGAUCCAGACUGACUACAGGGCUCUAAACAUGGAUCACUGGAGAAAUUUCUAUCGUUUUUUCAAGGAGGUAAGCUUUCUUGAUCUUCAAAGUUAUGACUCCAGUCAAGCCUGGCCAGUGAUCCUCGACAAUUUUGUUGAAUGGUUGAAAGAAAAAGAAGAGAAAAUUUAGUUCUCGUCACCUUGAAGUUUCAGAUCAACCUUAAACUGCCAACUUCGAACCAGAAUACUGUUUGCAGCGGAUUUACAAUUGUAUAUGGCUGUUCUGAGCAAUAUGUUCGCAUUUUUUCUGCAAAAGUUGUUCUGAUCAAGCCCAUGUAAUAACAAUUUCAUAUGGUGUCAACUGUCAAAUGUAUCGAGUUUUUCUGACCUGAACAUAUUGUUUUUCUGCAAUUUUGUUUCUUACUGCUCAUUUUUCAAGGUCUAUAUGUACGU